AUGUCUAACCUCAGAAUGUUUUCUUGGUUUUACAUAGCCAUCUCUGCAAGCAUCUUCUCCGUAGUUCUCGGUCACAACGGGAGGAGGGACCUUCCAUCUGUAGACCUAGGAUACGAAAUUCGUCAAGGAUCAGUAAAUGAAACUGGCAACUACUACAUCUUCAACAACAUUCCGUACGCGCAGCAGCCGGUCGGCGACCUACGCUUCCAAAAGCCCGUUGCUAUCGUCGAAACCGAAGGAGCACCGGGUGACGAUCAUGGCAACGAUGAUGUUGUCAUGUGCCCGCAGGCUUACCCGCAAUGGGUUAUUAACCUCCUAGCAGAACGCAGUGGAAUCGACAAGACCACAAUGGGGUCUAUACUCAACAACCAACCCGGUCAGACGGAGGCAUGUCUAGUGCUCGACGUCUACGUGCCCGCGGACAUCUUCGACGAGGGCCCUACUGCGAAUGCGUCUGUUCUCGUGUGGAUACACGGAGGCGGCUUCACAUUUGGGUCCAAGAAUCUAUACGGCAACCCAGCCGGCCUGAUCGCUAGAUCUCAAAGAAAUGACCUAAAAGGAACCAUUAUAGUCUCGAUCAACUACCGAUUGGGUAUGUAUGGCUGGCUAUCUGGCCAGGAUGUCACGCCAAACCUUGGACUUUAUGACCAGCGGCUUGCUAUGGAUUGGAUAAACGACUAUAUCGUCUUAUUCGGAGGCGGCCUAAAUAGAAUGACGGUUAUGGGUGAGAGCGCAGGGGCUGCGAGUAUCGUCCACCAGCUCACAGCGUUCGACGCAACGGAAAUUUCCCCGUUUACGAAGGCGAUUAUCCUGUCCCCUGCAUUCCAACAUAACAUCGAUCUGGGUGACAAUUAUCUUAAAACGCUAGCGGAGGCUUCCAAACAAACCGGACGCGAAAUCUACAACGUAGAUCAGCUACGUGGACUGCCAGCUGAUCUGCUGCAGCGUAUUAACCAAGGAACUGUCACCUCGGCACCCCUGGGUACAUUUGGCUUCGGCCCCGGGCCCGACAACUCGUUUGUGGCGGAUAUACCGCAGAAACAACUUUACCAAGGAAAAUUCGACUCUACCGUUGACCUAUUCAUAAGCCAUACAUCCCAUGAAUCCGCACCCUUCCUGCCGAGCGGCAUAAACACCGCGGCUGACGUGGAGGCAUACGUACGAAAUAGUUUGCCGGCUGCCUCGAACUUGACCAUUAAUAUGCUGCUUACGGAUCGGGGACUGUAUCCGGAUGUACUAGGCGGCGGGUACCCAUGGAAGACGCAGGCUGGGCGAGCAGAGCGUCUAGCCUCCGACAUCAGCUUCGCGUGCACGACGCAGUACCUAUCGAGAGCGCGAGACAACGAGACCUUCAACCUUGUCUUCACGCACCCGCCCGGCUGGCAUGCCGACGACGUGCCGUACGUAUUCUUCAACGGCGACACGACCACGCCGGAUAACAAGUCCCCCGUCAGUGGACGCUUAGCAACGCAGCUGCAAGAUUACAUCGUCACAUUUGCUCAAACCGGAACCCCGAACGCGGGUGGUGGACCGCGCUUCCCGACGUACGGAAAGAAUUCGACGGUACUAGAGUUGGGGUAUAAGAGUUUUAGGAGAUCGAGAGAUGAUUUAUGGGGUAAGAGAUGCGGGUGGAUCCAGCAGGCUAUGGUCGACGGAAGGUUGUGA